UUCCCGGCGAGCAAUGUCGGGAUGGGAUUGAGCUCCACUGCGAGGCCCUUUUCUUAAGAUUUAAUACAGCUAACGCUAUGUUGUUAGCAGGCUAGCCUGUUGUGUAGAUGUCGAGGACAAGCCCGGUGUAACUGAGGCUGUCGUUAGAUAACCCCGCGGAUCUAUAAUUACACAUAAGACCAGUUCGACGGUCGUCUGCUGUCAACUUGGAACAGAUUUAAAUAGCUUCAUUAGCUACGGCUAGCUUCACCCCCACCGUUUGUUCAGAAACAGUGUAGUGUCAGCAUUAGCAUGCCAGUAGCUAGCUUGAGUUCAUGCUAGCGGGGACAAAGGGAUUCUAGUACUAACAGCACCAAGUCGGUCAGUCUUCAGUCUAAAACGACGCUACGAGGAUCGGAUUUGUUUCUGGAAGAUAUGCAUGUCAACCGUUAACGUUAUCGAGUAGUCCCUUAUGCAGACUCAAUAAAUAAGUAACCUAACAGCAACGGGCUAACGUUAGCAUUGGUCCAAAACAACGCUCCGCUGCUUCGUUAUUACUAAAAUAAAUUGUGGCUCAGUUAAUUGACAGUUGGGUAGACGUAACGUUACCCAGCUUUGUUCAGUCCAACAGCCAAUGGCAGCAGUGCGUUUUCCAUCGUCACUCAGGCGCUUGAAGCUGGAUCGCUAUUGUUCUCUGACAUAAAACAAAUGGAUUUUUCUAUUUUGUACAUACAGAGUUUUGUAUAUACUGUAUAUGAUGAGCUCGCUGGGCGGCGACAAGGCCCGGGGCCCUCGGGAAAAAGUGCUGCCUGCUGCCGCUCACACAUCACAACCACAGAAACAGAUACAGGCUACUGCUGAACAGAUCCGGCUCGCCCAGAUGAUCUAUGACAAGAAUGAUGCUGACUUUGAGGACAAAGUCAACCAGCUGAUGGAGGUGACUGGGAAGAACCAGGAUGAGUGCAUGGUAGCGCUCCACGACUGCAAUGAGGAUGUUAGUAGAGCCAUCAACUUCCUCCUAGAGAGCACCUCGGACAUGACCUCAUGGGAGACGGUAGGGAAGAAGAAGCCCCUAGUGAAGGAGGGUCCAUCAGAAAGCAAGGAGAACAAGGAGAACAGGGAGAAAAAAGGAGAGAGGGAGGCUAGCAAGGGCCGUGCAGCUGCCAACCGCAAGGGCAAGGUGGCCAGUCGCAGCCGACAGGCACGUCCAGAGGAAAAUGGCGUGGAGGUGACUCCAGUGGACAGAGGUUCAGAUCGAGGUCGGAGGGUCAGAGGUGGCCGAGGAGCUGGGGGUCGAGGCAGAGGCAGAGCACCAGCAGGAAGCCGGUUCUCAGCCCAGGGCAUGGGGACGUUUAAUCCUGCGGACUACACCUCACAGGCUGGGACGGGGACCACACAAACUGAGGUGUGGGACACAGUGGCCAACAACAGCACAGAUGGGACAGUUGCCUGGAGGAAUACCAUGGAAGACUGGACACCUGAGGACUGGAGUGAGGAUGUUAGUCUCUCAGAGACCAAAGUGUUCACCUCCUCAUGUGCACCUGCUGCUGAGAAUCACAUCACACCUGGGCAAAGUGUGGACAUUACCUCUCUACUGCAGAAGCCUGUGGGAGGAGGAAGAGAACCACCUUCCUCCUCUUCCUCUCAGAGUCUGGUCUUCACCAACUCCCACCACCACCAGCCACCGCAUCAGCAGCAGCCGCAGCCGCCCCCUAUCCGCAACGCCACCAGUAGCACAAGCUACGCUCAUGCUGCUCUGUCGUCAGUUCUGGGAGCUGGUUUUGGGGACUUGGGCCAGAUCAAAAGGACUCAGCCCAGCGCUGGAGCUCAGAUACUGGAACAGCUGAAGGGUCCUGGCUUGGGUCCACUACCCUCAUCCCAGGCCGCGCCACCUGCCAGCACCCAAGGAAGCAAUGUCUCCAUUGGCCGACUGCCAGGCUUGGGAGCACCUGUGCCUCCACCCUCCUCAUCCACCUGGGACAUAAAGGCCUCAGAAUCCAACACCACGUCGCUGUCCUCGCAGUUCAGCCGUGAGUUUGGCCUGCAGCCUGAGCCUUCUCUUGUAUUGAGCCAGCUGGUUCAGAGGCACACUGGCCCCUCCCUGCCUCUGGCACGUCAACCCAGUCCUCCAUCACAACAACAAGCGCCCCCUGCUUUAGCCUCGCCUGGUCCCCAGCACAUCAGCACGCCAGCACAGGCAGGCCCAGUAAUGGCUGGUGCUAAACCUCCUGCCCCCAGCGCAGGGCUGGACCCUCAGGGCAGCAGUACGCCACAGCAGCAACGGGCACAGCUCAGAGGCCAGAAACGAAGGAUACCUCCCACAUCGAAGAUCCCCUCCACGGCGGUAGAGAUGCCAGGCUCGGCUGACGUCCCCGGGCUAAACCUCCAGUUUGGAGCGCUAGACUUUGGCUCAGAGUCGGCAUUGCCGGAGUUUGGAGUUGUGGACAAUUGCGUGAAUGUGGCAUCAAGGGAGUCCACGCCGGCCUCUGUCCCAGCACCACCUGCACCAGGACCAGGGACACAGAGCCAGACAAGCCUGUACUCCAAACCGCUCAGUGAGUCGCUGGGAAGUCCUCUCUCCGUUGCCCUGCCUCUGCCCCUCUCCUCAUCAGAGCCAGUAUAUCACUCCUCUUCAGUGGCGUUGCCCAGCCUCCCUCCUUCCUCAUUAGGGACUGCCAGCUCCACCAACCUACCAUCAUCUUCAUCAACCUCAACCACCCCUCCUUCUGUACCCUCCUCUCACUUCUCCACAGUGGGCGGAAGUUACGAUGGGACCAUGCCCCCUCACACGCGACUGGCCUUUUCCCAGAGCAAAGAGGCCACAGGGCCAGUCAUGAAUGGUCUCAAUGGUGUAAGGACGUCUGCUGCUUUAGACACUUCAUCAGCGUCCUCCACACCGAAGCCAGAGUCGCCGUCUCUGAACAUCAGCACCAACGGUGCCUCAGCACCCUCCUCCCACUUAUCAUCCACACUGCCUGCACACAACUCCAACCUGGCACCGGACUUGCCCUCAGCCAGCCAGCUCAACGCACUCAACAGCAGUCAUUCCUCAGUUUCGGCUCUGGGCUCCAGCUCUCUCACUACACAGUACACCAGUGUGGACAGCAGCAGCAUUAACUCUCUGGCUCCAUCCUCUGGCUCUUACACGUCAUCACAGCCCUCCGUCUCAGCACUCCACUCGAACCACAUCAGCAGCAACAGUAGCAGCAGCAUCAGCCACCUGGCCAACAUGCCCAACAUGGGCAACAUGAGCAGCGUAGUUGGCGCUAUUGCCGGCACUAGUGGAAUUCACUCUGCUGCCGCCACCAGCACAGUGCUGGGACUUGGCUCCAAUGGAGCUACUGCCACUUCCAACCUCACUGCACCACGGACCACAGCCCUGCUCUCCUCUGCCACUGGUAAAGCUCCUCCUAACCUGUCCCAGGGAGUGCCUCCUCUACUGCCCAACCAGUACAUCAUGGGCCCAGGGGGGCUGCUGCCAGCAUACCCACAGAUAUAUGGCUACGAAGACCUCCAUAUGCUCCAGUCCAGACUGCCAAUGCCCUCGUUGCAGGAUUACUAUGGAAUCACAUUCCCUGGACCCACAGCGACUCUCUCUGGCAGAGACGGAAGCAUAGCCAACAACCCCUACUCAGGUGAAGUCACAAAGUUUGGCAGGAAUGACUCCACCUCCCCGGCACCCCCAACAAGCCUUGCGGCCCCGCAGCCUCCCCAGGGCCAGAGCCAAGGACAGAGCCAGACCCAGCCUCAGCCUCCUCAGGCCCAGCCUCAGCCCCAGGGCCAGCCACAGCACCACAACAGUCAGCAGGCUUUUCUGCCUCCGGGCUACAGCUACACAGGCCUGCCUUACUACGCUGGGAUGCCCGGCGCCGUACCCAGUGCUGCUGCCUUCCCGUAUGGCCCCACCAUGUUUGUUCCUCCCGGGGGCCCAGGACCAGCCUCAGCCAAGCAGCACAGUAUGGGCCUUGGUCUGGGAAAUCCCUCGGCUAGCCCGUUCCAGCAGCAGACACAGCAGCAGCCCAGCGGCUACGGCCAACACACCUUCAGCUCAGGGUAUGAGGAGCUGACAGCAGGGCCAGCAGGAGUGGACUACAGUAAAGGAUACAACUCCUCCUCACAGGCACAAGCCAAAUCUGCUGCUACUGGGCCCGGGAAAGGCGUCUCAGUGACGUCCAGUAACUCGGGCGUGCCAGAUAUCAGUGGAAGUGUUUACAAUAAGACCCAGUCUUUUGAUAAGCAAGGAUUCCAUGCAGGGACCCCUCCUCCCUUCAGCCUGCCAUCGGCACUGGGGGGUCCAGGGCCUCUGAACCCUGGAGCAGCUCCUGGAGGCUAUGCACCAGCCCCGUUCCUCCACAUCCUGCCUCACCAGCAACCGCACUCACAGCUGCUGCACCACCAUCUAGCUCAGGAUGGACAGGGUGGUCCCAGCCAGCGUGGCCAGUCCAGCAACCUGCAGCAGAAGAGCCAAGUCAACAAGUCGAGCUACGGCAGCUCCCCCUACUGGGCCAACUGAGAUAGCCACAUCUACAGAGGGGUGUGUGCGCGCGUGCGUGUGGACGGACACCAACACACAGCACCACACCUGCUAUUUGACUGACAAGAUCAUAGAGGGACAAACCAUUUUACAACACAAGCUAAAACACACACUACCACCCCCCCUCCCCCCCCUUUGCUCUGUAUAUCCCCUUUUCAAAUUUAUGGCUGUUGUAUGUAAAAUAUAUUUAUGUAUGUAUUUAUACAGUAUAUAUGUAUUGGUAGGACAUAAAAUGUGGUUUUCUGCAUUUUGGUUUUUAAUUUCGAAGGACAUUUUAUUUCAAAAAAAUGUGGAAAGACGAGAAUGCUAAAUCAUGGAGAUGAAGUUGAUGAAUAUACUUGAACACAAGCAUCUUGUGAUAUGGAUUUUUUUUGUAUGCAUACAUGAAUUCAGAAUGAUGUACAUAGAUUCUACACAUCAUUUUCACGGCAAAGGCCUUUUUUUAUUUUAGAUGAAAUACGUUUGUAACUUUGGUCUCCCGCAUCUGUGAAUCCUUAUAUUGAGGGUGACUUGAGUUGAUAGCUUGAUUUUUCUUUUAUUUCCCUCCAUCUGUCUAUCAUUCCUCAACUCUUAGUAGUUGGCUGGUUUGACCAGCCAGGCCUUGGAUUUGAUGUCAUUUUAACAUUGGUUUAAUCCCUGUUGUCCAAAUUAAAAGUUAUGAACAGUG